CUCGUGUAUUGCAAUGCUAUCUAUAUAUGUUUACAUAAAUAUAAUUGAGGCAAACAUUCUUCUACAUUUAAGCUUAUUUGUGUAUUUUUGCAGUUGAUAGACAAUAUCACGGAAUACAAAUAAGUUAUGUUCUAAGAAUCAUAAGCACAAUAACAUUCCUACUCUAAUGUGAAUGAAUGAUAAGAAUGUUGAAAUAUUGUAAACACUUUAGCAUGAAUUUAAUUUAAUUUUAAUUAACACAUAAAUGCAGUCAUUGGAUAAUAAAAAUCAAACAAAAAUGAUUUACAGAAAUCUUGGCAGCACUGGACUUCGAGUAUCUGUACUUAGUUUAGGUACAGAUGUUACUUUCGGUAAUCAGAUACCGGAUGAGAUUGCUGAGAAGAUUGUUACAGUGGCUUACAAUAAUGGAAUAAAUGUUUUUGAAACUGGUGAAGCUUAUUCAAAUGGAGAGGCCGAAAAAACGUUGGGUAGAAUACUGAAUACUAAAAAUUGGCGAAGAUCCAGUUACAUUGUAUGCUGUAGAUUGUCAAAAAGUGGAGAUGCUGAAACAGAACAAGGACUUUCAAGAAAGCAUCUUUUUGAAGGUCUUCGAUCUUCGUUAGAAAGACUUCAACUAGAAUACGUAGAUAUUGCGAUUGUGACGCGUCAAAAAGACUCGCCUAUUCCAGUUGAAGAAGUUGUCAGAACUUGCACGCAUCUUAUUCAUCUCGGCUGGACAUUUUAUUGGGGUACAUCUGAAUGGUUACCUAGUGAAGUGAUGCAAGCUCAAACAGUGGCCAGACAGUUUAAUCUGAUUCCACCAUCUGUAGAUCAAAAUGAAUUGAAUCUAUUGAAUAAAAUCUAUUUACAGAAUAUGCGUGAAAUUUGUUUGAAACUAAAUAUUGGUAUAAUGACAGGAUCACCAUUAAGUGGUGGUAUUUUAACUGGAAAAUACAUUGACUGUAUACCGAAUUUCUCACGAGCAACAUUAAAAAAUCAAGAAGAUAUUCGCGAUAAACUUCUUUGUUCAAAAGGCUUAUAUCAAAGGGAACAAGUUAAACAAUUAUGUAAAAUAGCUGGUCGAAUCAAGUGUACUUGCGCACAGUUAGCUAUUGCCUGGUGUCUUCGCUGUCCACAUAUAAGCAGUGUCGUUAUCGGAGCAGCUACAGUUGAUCAGCUUCAAGAAAAUAUUAAAUCAGUAUUGAUUUAUCCACAGUUGACCACAAGUAUCAUGUCUGAAUUAGACACUUUGCUAACUACAGCUGACUCAAAUGAUAACUUUCUUUAAAAGAACAAUACAAUGUUAAUCACUCAAUAUUAUUAUUAAAAAACGAUUGAACAGGAUUCUUCUCUGUAUUUACCGCAAUCAAAUAACAUCAAUAACAUGGUAUUUUACUUAAUUUUGAGAGAAAAAAAAAAACACUGUAGACAACUAUACCAAAUAAAUAAGAACAAAAUGAAGUUUAAGAAAGAACAGAACAAUUUUCAGUGUUUUCAUAUAAGUUAUUUUUACGUGAAGAUUAAUAAUGGUUAAUCAAUUUCGACUACAAUGCUCUUUACUACUCUGUGUAGUGGUGAUAAGUAAUUUUGAUCAAUAAACAAAAUGUUUAUUUUACAACCAUGUAAAAGUUUUAAUAAAAUGAGUUAUUUUUGUCA